UGAUUUUUACAUAGCUCCACCCAUUUUCAACAUGGCGUCCACUAGCACUGCUAGUAGCAGCAGACUUGGCAGGGAUAUAGAACUCAGGGAAUCAGCCAGUGAUUGUAGGUUUUUCGACGAAAUAAUUAAAAAGUCCUUUAAAUGUUAUUCUGAUGCUGCUGAAGAUUUUAUGGAAAUAAAAGAAAACUAUGGCAUAGACAGCAUUGAAGAUAAACUCGACACUAUUGAGGAAUAUCUUGGUAACAUUGCAGCUGUCCAGUACGAAAUGGACAAUAUUAAAAAAGUUAUUGGAGAGGGCGAUAAUAUACUCCAAGAAUAUUCAGAAUCGGAAGAAAACAGUGAAUCUGUUAUCGAUAUUUUUGACAGGCAUCUUGAAAACUUCAAAUCUCAAGAUACCAGAAAUGUGAAUACUCAUCCAGCUGUGAUUGAGUAUAAGAGGAUCACAGAGAAAGAGAUAGAGGGAGAAAGAGGUGCUCUGGAAGGCGAUGAAGACCUAAUGAUGGGUCAAGUUCAGCGAUCUCUAACUUGUCCUAUUACACUGAAGGACCUAGAGAAACCAGUGAAGAAUACGACUUGUGGACACAUUUAUUCAAAAGAUGCUGUACUGGCACACGUGCGCUCCCGUCCAGCUGGCAGAGCAAAGUGUCCUGUUGGAGGUUGCCCUGAAAUGAUACUAGAGCACAACUUGGAGGCAGAUAAAGACACAGAGAGAGCACUUAGGAGACAGAGAAAGUAAAGUAAACUAACCAUUCACUUAUUAUCGUCUUUAUUAUAACAUUAUUGAUCACUUUGAUAGCAUGUAUGUACAUGUAUGUAUGUAUUAUCAAUUUCUCCAAUGUUUAUCUCAGUUAGUA